AUGUUAUCAAUAAAAGAUACAAUCUCUCGAAUAGGAAGAGUAAUACGACAUAGCCAGAUCUUGAAAGAUUCUGAGAAUAAAGCAAUAGUAAAGAAUAGUUCAAAUCUGAAAGUCAACCCGCAAUCGACAACCAAUUCAUAUUCACCGAAGGUCAUACAAUCAAUAUACAAAAACUUGCAACCUGAUGACGUCAAGAAAUUUAAACCGUUGUAUCAGGAUUUCCAAAGGAAAACAUACCGAGAGUUCUUGGAGCCUUUAGAUAUGCCAACGCUAAAGACAUUCAGUGAGAAAACCGAAUAUGAUAUCCGACUGGCAAAACAAGCUUGGACAAAGAAAACAUCUAAAAACCCUCGUGCUAUUCUUGAACAGUACAUGGAAGACAGGCGAAUGUUUGAAAUUAUGAUGUCUACUUUAAUAGACCUUACACCAUCUCAUUUGAAGGAUAUUGACCAUAACAACCCAGCUGUAUUAAACAAUGUUAUACUACAACAAGAUCAAAUAGCCAGUGAAUAUAAACUUCAGGUACCUGCACAUAAUUUUCAUGAAAUACCGAUAAUGCCCUCCCCACUUACACGAGAGAAUUUCUAUGAAUAUAUUUACCAACUCACACACACGAACUAUCAUUAUAAAAACUCACUGUCUUUGCAAUCAGGAAUAAUUCCCCAAAUCUUGUUAUAUACACAUAAGUUAACAACACACGAGUUCAAAGAGUAUAGAUCAACACAUACAUAUAACUGUCUAAUCCAUUAUUUUGGUUCUUUAAAGAAUCAAAGCACCUUCGCUAGAGAGUUAUUACUAGUUAUGAAGAAUGAUGGUCAUGCGUACAACGUUGAUACUAUAAAUUCAAUGAUCAAAAUGCUAUCAACCCAUGCUAAUAUCAGAGGAAACACCAGUACAUUUGGACUAGUUUUAAAGUAUUUGCAAUUAAGUGCUAGGUUGAAUAUCGAAAUCAACUUGGGAACAUACAGCUAUAUUUAUAGCACUAUCAAGAACAUCCAUCUCAAAGAAAAUUUCCUUAAAAAGAUGCAAGAUCAUGGCAUUCCCAUUCCAAAGUCAAUGAUGGUAAAAGUCUUGGAUGAUUUUGCCAAAACAACCACCGAUUACCACGAGGUGAUUAACUUCAUAGAAAAAGAUUUGGGAUAUGAAACGUGGGCUAUUGAUAGCAAGUUUCUGAAUAAGGUAAUCUACAGUCAAGCCUUACAUGCAAAUGCAAAUGAUGCUGAACUAGAAAAAUUCAAUAUUGACGAGUACACUUUGUUAAACUUAUUUCUGGGAAUUCAAAGAAAUGUAGAAUUGCAAGACAAAGCAUUCUCCAUGAUCAGGAUCUAUGUAGAGUUUCUGAAAGAAUCUGGAAGAGAUUUUACCAAGAUACCAAGAAUAUUUCAGUUAAUCUCUCGUCAAUUGAUUACCGAUUUGAAGGAUGUUAGGAAAAUAGAGACAUUAUCGUAUUUGUUACGUUGUAUCAUAUACGAAGCAACUCAGAAAUUAAAUCUUCCGAUUGAAGUCAUAGAUUAUGGGAAUGGCAAAAGAUCAUUACCCGAGAAUUAUAAAAUUGUAUCAAGAAUAGUAGGCAGGGCCCUACAAGAAGUAGAUGCAAAGAUAACGUACGUAAAUGAAAAUUUGAAGGAUGUAUCUAUUAAGCCCACGUCUGUCUUGUUGGAUGAUCAGGAAAUUGAAAUAUGGAAUCAUUUAAAAUUAGAAUUGGAGCAGCCAAACUCAAACAAAAAAGAGGACCUCCUUCUUUUCAAAGUCAUCAGGAGUGGUCAGCUACCAAACGGGGCGGCAGUUGAACUUCCACAUGAACUGAUUCAACAAAUUUUGUCACAUACGGCCGCUAAGAUCAGUGCUCAUAGAAACAGAGAGCGUAUAUUAAGGAUAGAUGAAGGUUCGGAUGAGUAUACGAAAAGACAAAUGGUUGAGCGGGGAUUAAUGAAAAAUUCCGGCCAAUCUACAUAA